AUGGCUGGUUAUAACCCUUAUCGAAAUCAAGCUGUAAUGAAUGAAUUAAAAUCUGAUAUAUGGAUUGAACAAAAUAUUCCCGGUGGAUUAAAUAGUCCAGUAGGGCGACAAUUAGAUAAUAUGUUAGGAGGAAAUCCUAAUCCAACAUACGGCCAAAGAUACAAUCAAAGUUAUGGAUAUAAUAAAGGAUAUGGAUACGGUAAUGGAUAUGGAUAUGGAUAUGGUAAUGGAUAUAAUAAUGGAUAUAGAUAUUAUUAA